CAUUCUAAUUUCAAAAUAUAAAUUAAUAAUUUUCAGCAAAUUGUUCUCCAUCUUCUUCUUGUUGGUUGUACCCAAAAUCUUCAAUGUCGGACGAAGAGCAUCAUUUUGAGUCGAAGGCCGACGCCGGAGCCUCCAAGACCUUCCCUCAGCAGGCCGGAACCAUCCGCAAGAAUGGUUACAUUGUCAUCAAGGGCCGUCCCUGCAAGGUAGUUGAGGUUUCUACAUCCAAGACUGGAAAGCAUGGGCAUGCUAAAUGUCACUUUGUGGCAAUUGAUAUCUUCACCGCCAAAAAACUUGAAGAUAUUGUUCCAUCAUCCCACAACUGUGAUGUUCCUGAGGUUACUCGUACCGAUUAUCAGCUUAUUGACAUAUCUGAAGACGGAUUUGUGAGCCUCUUGACUGACAAUGGAAGCACAAAGGAUGAUUUGAGGCUUCCUACUGAUGAAAGUUUACUUGCUCAGAUUAAAGAUGGAUUUGCAGAAGGAAAGGACCUUGUUGUGAGUGUCAUGUCAGCCAUGGGAGAGGAACAAAUCUGUGGCUUGAAGGAUAUUGGUCCAAAGAACUAACUUGCCCAACUCACAAGUUAACUAAUAUACUCCUUAAGUUAUAGUUGAGAAUAUUUAUUCUUGUUGAACUUUGGAUGUGUUUUUUCCUUUUAUAUGAAUUGGAUGUUGUUUAGUAUUUCUGAACAGAUGGGUUUAGAUUUUCAGUAGUAGAAAAUAUAGGGAGUUAAAUUAUUACUUGUCAAA